AAACAAUUCCACGUCAUCGCUUACUUAGACGGAGCUCUUCAACGUUGCUCUUUUCAGCACAGUUCUCCGACAUCAAGACUCUCAAUAUCGCCAUGUCCCAGCCUUUCGCGUCACCACUCUCCACACUCGACCCUCUUCCACCAGAGAUCAUCCAAGUCAUCUUCGGCCACCUCAUCAUUCUCUCUCAAAGCUCCAAGGCUCUCGCCUCGAGUCUUUCACGCACAUCCAAGCACUUUCUAUCCCUCAUAUCCCCCCAGCUCUACCGCCGAUUAUCGCUCUGCGCGUCGAAUGCGGCUCAAUUCUUCUACGGUCUGGAGGGUCUCCAAUCCGGAGAGCUGAGGCAUUUUGACGAAAGCUUUGGACGAGAUGGUUCAGGGCUGGAGGGGAAGAGCCUGGCAGAGAGGAGGCUGAUAUGGAUAGGGCUGGUCAGGGAGGUGGCAAUAGAGGACGCAGAGGCGCUGAAGGCGUGCUACAAGGCUGUCAAAGCGAUCGUCGGUCCUAAGCCUCAGCUACGACAAGGGCGUUUCCACGGCCGGACCCUUUUCUUCUGGGGCCGUGCCAAAGGCGAAGAAGCCACCCUGACCUUGUCUUCUCACCUCUGCGAGACGUUCGGCUCUGCAAAUCCCAACAACGCCCCUUACGUCUUUCCCAUACUCUACGCCCUCGCACAAUUUUGCUCGCUCGUGAUCGACCUCCCACAUGACCUCGAGCGUAUGAUGGAAAGCUCGAUACCGGCUUUCCAUGCCAUGUGUCGGGGCCUCGCUCCCUGCGUCAAGAGCGUCACGGUCAACAACUACCGGGCGACGCCAUUCGAAGCGAAGACCAUCUACGCGAGCGGCUUCUUCUCCUUCUUCGACUCAUCCCUCAGCGGGGGACGACUUUCCACAGUGCGUCUGGUGCUAGCUCCAGGAAGUGAGCAGCUGCAGGAGAUGCUGCAUAUAGCAAGGCUCGCUGCCAGCGCUGCUUUGCCCGAGGUCACCAUCGCCUUCGACAACUACCAGCUACAACCAGGAGAGACGAAGAUGCAGAUACAACAAGCGGUCGAGGAAGCUCAUGAGAGGGCUGAGGAAGAGAGCUGUAUCGUCAGUCUGGGAGUGGCUUUCAAAGUGUUGUGACUUGAGUGAUUGAAGGUUUAGGGGACUGGACGACGGUCAUUGGAUAGACACGUCCUAUAGCCUCCCCAUAAGUCAGCCACCUUUCUCCACCAAAAUCGCCACCAGCCUCGUCUCAACCACGUUCACAUAUCCCAGGACCGCGAUUGCCAUCCCUCGAACUGGACCGUGACACUGAGAAAUGCACCCUGGAGACGCAGAGAGAUAGUGCGCAGGCCCAGGGUGUGAAGAUCUUAUUGAUCGGUCGACAAGACAUGGACGUGCUCCUGGGCUGCACGGCUAAUUGGAGAUGGACUUCGGCCGUUAGAGACUUUUGGGAUGGGCGCGGGAAAGUCCAGGGAGAAAGGUGUUGAUAUGACUGAGGAGAGGGGUUGAAAGUACAGAGAGGCUGGAGGGGGCGAGGGGGUCGGAUUUUGGAUUUACGAUGCUUUGUCGGCAUGAAUUGCUUUUUCG